UACUAUACGCUACACUAGUACACUCAGCUUCUUCUUCACUGUCCCCUGUAUACGGACGGGCGAAACCCUCUCCUCCCUAACCUUCUCUCUCCCCAUUUCUCCAGCUAGUGCUGAGACCGAGCUACUGCCCAGAAAGUGUAGGAGGUUUGAUGGCGAAGACCAAACCCGGGAAGAAGGAUCUCGAUUCGUACACAAUCAAGGGCACCAACAAAGUCGUCAGGCCCGGUGAUUGUGUCUUAAUGAGACCAUCAGAUUCAAAUAAUCUCCCAUACGUGGCAAGAGUUGAGAAGUUUGAAGCUGACCACCGGAACAAUGUGAAGGUACGAGUGCGGUGGUAUUACCGACCUGAGGAAUCAAAGGGUGGCCGCAGACAGUUUCAUGGGGCCAAGGAACUAUUCUUGUCAGACCACUAUGAUAUACAAAGUGCACAAACAAUUGAAGGAAAGUGCAUUGUGCAUUCUUUUAAGAACUAUACCAAGCUGGAUAAUGUGGGCGCUGAGGAUUACUUCAGUCGAUUUGAGUACAAAACUGCCACUGGAGGGUUUACUCCUGACCGUGUUGCUGUGUAUUGCAAGUGUGAGAUGCCCUAUAAUCCUGAUGAUCUCAUGGUUCAGUGUGAAGGAUGCACAGAUUGGUUUCAUCCUUCCUGUAUGGGGAUGACCAUUGAUGAAAUAAAGAAGUUAGAGCAUUUUGUGUGUUCAGACUGCUCAGGUGAAGAGGAGGCUAAAGUGCAAAUGGACUCAUUUCGUGUACCUCGGGAGGGGGAGACAAAGCGCCGAAAGAGAACUGGUUGAGCUUUGUGCAGCGGUGGGGGUGCCGGGAGGGAAGGUUUUUCUCUUGGCCAAAGCUCAGCAUUGUUGUUGUGUUGUAAAAUUGUACAGUGCUGAUGAUGCUGAGCUUUUCAACCAACUAGUAACUAUUGCUUAAUUUUGUGUACUAGUUUUGUAAUUAUGUAUGUUAUGUGUGUACUAGACUGAGAUGGUAGCAAACUGAUAAACUCCAGUUCUCUGCCAUGUUGUGACCUAAAAAGGAUAAUAUAAUAGCUGGAGACUUUAGAAUCCAUUU